AUGUCUCUAGAUCGCUAUGCUGCCGUCCACACUGCCACUCCCCAAGGCAGAGGUGAUGCCCGGCCCACCGCCGACCAGGUGCUUCACGACCAGGAGCCCCUCGAAUCCCACUGGAGCGACAAGGUAAUUCUAAUUACUGGGGGAACGGCCGGUCUAGGUGCAGAGUCAGCCCGCGUCCUGCACAAGACCGGGGCCAGGAUCUUCAUCAUGGGACGAGACGACGCGAAAGGCCGGAAAGUCGCCAACGAGAUAUCCGCGAGCAACCCGGACCAUCCACCAAUUGAGGUUAUCCAGAUGGACCAGAGCAGCCUGCAAAGUGUCCAGGAUGGGGCAGACGAGCUUUUGAAGAGAAGCGGUGGAAAGCUCAACGUGCUCAUGGCAAAUGCCGGUAUCGUCGCGUCGCCGAUUAAGGAAACGCAGGAUGGCUUCGAGGCCGUCUUUGCGAUCAACUACUUGUCGCCAUUUCUCCUCGUGCGACUGCUUACGCCGGCGCUUAUUGCCUCUACGACACCGGAGUUUAAUUCGCGACUUGUCGUUGUUUCCAGCGCCGGUCACCGCGCAGGCAAUGUUGACCCGGACAAAUACAACUUCGUCGGCGAGGGCUAUGACACGUCCAAGGCAUACGCACGGAGCAAAACAGCCAGUAUCCUUAUGGCUAAUGAGUUCGAGCGCAGAUAUGGAAAGCAAGGAGUGCACGCCCUGAGUCUUAACCCGGGCAUCAUCAUGGACACCGAAAUCUCGCGCGGUCUCCCUGGAAGCUCAGAGUCACGCCGACCAAUGUACUACAAGAUGGAGCCUUUAUUAGCGUUCUACGAGAAGGAUGUCGAGCAAGGAGCGGCUACUCAGGUAUGGGCGACCAUAGCAAAGGAGCUGGAAGGUAAAGGCGGGCUGUAUCUAGACGAUAUCCAGGUUGCUGGUGAAGCUACUUUCGACGGCCAGUUAUGCCGGCCAGGCUGGAAGCCCUACAUCUGGGACGAGAAAAUGGCUGCAAGAGUAUGGGGAGACAGCUUGGCUAUGCUCGGGCUAGCAGGAUUCCAAUGUUAA